AUGUUCAGCCACAACGCCAACGAAGGAUUAGUCUUCACUGACCCGAGUGUCACCGACGGCUUCGUUUUUCGAGGACUCAUCAGUAAGCUCUUCCCAAACUUCAAUGCGUCGUUGGUCGAGCACAUCGCCGAGGUUGUUUAUCCUCCUGUAUUUGAUGGCACUCAACCGUACGUCGACGAUUUGGGUCGCGGUACUCUCUUGAUGGCCGAGACUCGUAUCGUUUGUAACACCCUUUUCCCACGCCGAGCCUUCGGGAGCGCGAGCUUAGCUUAUAUCUUUGCUGUCCCGUCGUCCUUGCAUGGAGACGACCUCAAGUACACCUUCUAUAACGGUGCUUAUGGAGCACAGAUGGACAGCCGUUCUCUCAACUUGACGAUCGCACAGGUCUUGCAGGACUAUAUAGCGUCGUAUGCCAUAAGCGGGAAGCCGGCAACAGACGUCUCCGGAGUUGGCGUCUUUCCAAAAGUAGGAAGCAAGUCCACGGCAUGGGCUCUGGACGUGGCUGGUGUGCAAAGCGCCGUCGACGGUGCUGUUAACGAUAUAUGCUCAUGGUGGCAGGCCAAUUGGGAGACCUCUCCCGACACUGCGUAG